AUGGCUGAAGAAAUAGCUAUCAGUACUGCUGCGGGACUUGCAUCAAAUGCUACAGAGUCGGGAUAUGAUUUUCUUGAACAGCAGAUAUCGUAUGUGUUCAAGUACCAGAGCUACAUCAACGACCUCAAAAAACAAGUUCAGGAUCUCAGAAAUAAAAGGGAAACAGUAGAAAAACCUGUAGAAUUGGCUGAAAGACAGGGGGAAGAGAUUUAUAAAGCUGUUAAGAAAUGGCUGAGUGAUGUAGAUGAGUUCACUGAAAGGGUAGAAAAGGCCAUCAUUGAGGAUGAGGAUAAAGCAAACAAGGGUGGCUGUUUCAAAUUGGGGUCAUGUCCUAAUUUGAUUCAACGUUACAAGCUUGGAAAGCAAGCAAUGAAAGCCAAAAUGGAUGGUGCCGAUUUGCUGAGGAAAGGCAAUUUUAGUAGUGUUUCCUACCGUCCUGCUCUACAGAGGACAGAAUCCAUGUAUGUUAGAGACUAUGAGACGUUUGAUUCUAGAGAGCAAGCUUUCCGGGAAAUCAUGGAGGCAUUGCAGGAUGUUAAUGUUAACUUGAUUGGGGUUUAUGGGAUGGGAGGUGUGGGCAAAACCACUCUAGUUAAGAAAGUAGCUUGGGAAGCAAAGAAAAACAAGUUAUUUGAUGAGGUGGUCAUCGUUGAGGCAACGCAAACCCCAGACUACAAAAGAAUUCAAGAAAAAGUUGCUUAUGAGUUAGGCCUGGAAUUUAGGCAGGAGGGUGAAUAUCAGAGAACUGAUCUACUACGAAACAGGAUAAGGAAGGAGAAGAAUUUACUAAUAAUUUUAGAUAAUAUUUGGACGAAACUUGACUUGGAUGCAAUUGGAAUUCCUUUUGGUGCUGUUGGGAGAGAAAAAGAUGAGAAGAUCAGGCCGUGCACAAAAGUUGAGUCGGAUACAAUUGGAAUUCCUCUCGGUGAUGUUGAGAAAGAAAAAGAUGAGAAGAUCAGGCCAUGCACAAUAUUGUUAACUUCUAGAAAUCGAGAUUUAUUAAGCAAAGAUAUGAAGACCCAGAAGGACAUAUUCAUUGGUCCUCUAUCUAAUGGAGACGCGUGGAAUAUGUUUCGCAAGAUUGUGGGUGAUGCUGUUGAAAGCUCUGAUUUUCGUCCUGUAUCAGAUGAGAUUGUUAAGAAAUGUGAUGGUUUACCGGUAGCAAUUUCACUAAUUGCCAAUGCAUUGAAAAAUGAGAGUCUUCAUGCCUGGGAUGAUGCCUUGGCUCAACUUAAAAGGUCUAAUCCAAGACGUAUUAUAGGUAUGAAUGAAACUUUGUAUUCUAUGACAGAGCUGAGUUACGAAUUUCUGAAAAAUGAGGAAGCUAAAUCAUUAUUUCUUCUUUGUGCUCUCUACAAUGCCGGUGAUACUGUGUUUAUUGAUGACCUAUUAAGAUAUAGCAUGGGUUGGAAUUUGUUUGAAGAUGAUUAUACGUUGGAAGAAGGAAGGAAUAGAUUGCACAGGUUGAUAGAUCAUCUCAAAGCUUCUUCUUUAUUGUUGGAUGGUACCUAUGACAAUACAGUUAAAAUGCAUGACAUUAUUCAUGCUGUUGCUGUAUCGAUUGCAUCAACAGAGAAGUUGAUGUUUAAUAUUCAAAAUGUCACCGACUUGAAAGAAGUGUUGGGGGAGAGAAUAUCAAAAUAUUCGACUGCCAUAUCUUUGCCUUGUAGAAAUAUCAAUGAUGAUCUUCCUGAACGGUUAGAAUAUCCAAAACUGAAGUUAUUCUUCCUAUUUGGUAAAAAUCACUCUCUGCAAAUUGCAGAUGCUUUUUUCGAAAAGACGAAAGAACUUAGAGUUUUAAGUCUCCAUGGAUUGCGAUUCUUGCCAUUACCUUCAUCCAUUUCUUUCCUAAAAAACCUUCAAACAUUGUUUCUAAAAUCCUGCAUAUUAGAGGAUAUAAGAAUACUCGGAGAGCUAAGUAAAUUAGUAAUUCUUAGCUUGGUCGAGUCUAAUAUUGAAGAGUUGCCUACAGAAAUCGGACAAUUGACUCGGUUGAAGUUGUUAGAUUUGAGCAAUUGCUUAAACCUUAAAUACAUUGCCACAAACGUCAUCUCCUCCUUGUCUCAAUUGCAAGAAUUAUAUAUGGGCAAUAGCUUUGUUGAAUGGGAAGUUGAAGGAGUCGAUAAUCAAGGACGGAGAAAUGCUAGUCUUGAAGAGUUGAAGUGGUUGUCUAACCUAACAGCUUUACAUCUUCAUAUUCAGGAUGCUCGAGUUAUGCCACAAGACUUGUUCUUCAAGAAACUGAAGAGUUUUAAAAUAUUUAUAGGAGAUAAAUGGAAGUGGUCUAUUAAAUUUGACCUUUCAACUUCAAGAAUGUUGAAACUCAAGAUCGAUGAUAGUAUUCAUUUGGGGCAUGGGGUCAAAAGUUUGUUGAAGAUGACCGAAGAUCUCUUUCUAGAAGGAACGAGUGGUGUUAGAAAUGUUAUUUAUGAACUCAGUAUGGAUGGUUUUCAACAUUUAAAGCAUCUGCAUGUACAAGAUGAUCUUGAGGUUUUAUAUAUCAUUAACUCAGUUGCUUGGAAACUAGUCUUUCCCAACUUAGAGUCCUUGAUUCUUGGUAAUUUGAUUAAACUGGAGAAUAUAUGUCAUGGUCAACUCAAUGCAGGGUCUUUCAGAAAAUUAAGGAUCAUAAAAAUAGAAAAAUGUGAUAAAUUAGAGUAUCUCUUUGCAUUUUUCAUAGCAAAAAACCUUGUGCAGCUACAAAAAAUUGAAGUGACUAAUUGUAAGAACCUAAAAGAGAUUUUUGGUGAAGGUGAUGAAAUUGAAACAAAUAAUCAGACUGAGCUCAAUCAGUUGUGUUCUCUGACACUACAACGUUUGCCCAAAUUCAUAAAGAUCAGCUCUGACAUGAGGGUUGUCUUUCCAAGAUUGGAGAACUUGAAAGUAUGUUCAAUUAAUUUUGAGAAUACAUGCAUUCAUCAACCUCUAGCAAUGUUUCAUUAUAGUCAAUGCCUAAAAAGCUUAACUGUGGAGGACUGUAAUGACUUGAAAUUUUUGUUUUCAUUCUCUAUGGUCAAAAGUCUAAAUCAACUCCAAGAGCUUUUGAUAAGCAAUUGUAAGUCAAUGAAAGUAAUAAUUGACUCAGAAGGAGUACAAAAAGAGGAAAAGAUAAUCGAUAUGAGUUUUCCUAAACUAUUAUACAUGAAGCUCAAAGUUCUUCCAAAACUCACAAGUUUUGGUGCAGGAAAUUUGAUUGAAUUCCCUUUCUUAAAAGAACUUCACAUUGAGCAUUGCCAUAAUUUGAAGACAUUCUUCUGCAAAUCUGUAUAUCCAGAAACAAAGGGAAAAGCUAAGGAAGAGGUGAACUCAGAGAAUGACUUUAUCAACGUAAACCCACUCUUCGAUGAAAAGGUUGCUUUUCCAAGCUUGGAGAAGAUGGUGCUCUUGCACUUGGAUAGCUUGCAGCUGAUAUGGCACAACCAAACACUCCAUGUUGAAUCCUUUUGCAAACUAAAAGUAGUUAGAGUCGAAUCAUGUGAAAAGUUGUUAACUAUUGUUCCAUCUAAUGCUCAAGGACAUCUCACCUUUCACAAUUUGGAGAUAUUGAAAGUUAAUAAUUGUUCAAGUAUGAAAAGUCUCUUUCCAGUUUCUACCGCUACUUGUCUCAUGCAACUUAAAAACCUGCUGAUAUGCUCUUGUGGGUUGGAGAAAAUUGUUUCUGAGGAAGAAGUUAAUGGGGCCCCAAUAUUUUUGUUUCCACAAUUAACCUGCAUCCACCUUAUAAAUUUACAGGAACUGAAAUGUUUCUACCCGCGGUUGCAUGCAGUAGAGUGGCCAAUGUUAAAAUUUUUGAUUGUGCAUAAUUGCAGGAACAUAAAUUUAUAUGCUUCUGAAUUUCCAAACUUUCAAGCCAGAGGCGGGGAGAGGCAGCCUGCCCUUUUUUUGUUAGAAAAGGUCAUACCAAAUUUGGAACUGUUGGGAUCGGACGCACGUGACUUCAAAUUGACAUUCCUGCGCUCUGAAAUGGUUGAGAGCUUUGGCAAGCUUAAAAUACUUUGGCUGGCUUAUUUUGAUGAUGAAUUUGUUGCUUCUUUGUUCGAUUUCCUUCAAAAAUUAAAUUGUUUGGAGUCACUUAAUUUUGCCAAAUGUAGUUUCAAAGAGGAUUUUCUAGGGAACACAUUUCUUCCAAAUCUUCAAAUGCUACAAGUACGAAGAUGUCAUUGUUUGACAAUUUUAAUGUCAUCUGCAAUGUCUUUCAAAAAUCUUGAAACUCUAGAGGUAUACAAUUGUGAUGGAUUAGCCAAGGUACUAACAAGUGAAGCAGCCAAAAGUUUUGUCAAUCUCACAACAAUGAGAAUAAGAGAGUGCAAACUGUUGAUAGAGGUAAUGGCAAAGGAGGGAGACAAAGAAGAAGAGAUUGUUUUUGGCAAAUUGAAAGUUUUGGAGCUUCACUAUUUAUCAAGCCUUGCAUUCUUCUGCUCAGCCAAUUAUUCUUUCCAAUUCCCUUGUUUGAAGCAAGUUAUUGUGAGUCAAUGUCCAAAAUUGAACAUCUUUUCGCAAGGAGUUUUAAGCACACCAUUGCUAAAAAAAGUACAAUUGACUGAGUCAGAUGAUGAUGUAGAAUAUUUUUGGAAGGAUGAUCUCAAUUCUACCAUUCAACAAAUAUUUACAGAUUUGGUUGGCUUUCGUAACCUUGAACAUUUGACACUCUCAGAAUUCCCUAGCAUGAAAGAAAAAUUAUGGAAUGGCCAGUUGCCAAUGGACAUAUUUUGGAAUUUAAAGUUGCUAGUGGUGGAAAAAGUUUCAGAUAUAUCAAGUGGUAUUCCAUUGAAUGUGUUAUGCCGCUUCAAAAAUCUGGAAUUGUUAGAGGUAAAAAGUUGUGAGUCACUAGAACAGGUGUUUGAUUUGGAGGUAAAUCAUCAAGAAAUUUUGGGCUUAAAGAAAUUCAGAUCAUUGAAAAUUGACAAUUGUAACAGCUUGAAAUAUAUAUUGACUCCAUCUGUACUAUUGGUCCUUGUUCAACUCAAAGAGAUAAAAGUGAAAAGCUGUGCUUUGAUAGAAGAAAUCAUCAAAAGCGACGGGGAGAAAGAUGUGGAAAGUGAUAAACUUAUAAUCCCUCUAUUGAACUCUGUCAUGUUUGAGUCACUGCCUAAUUUGACAAGCUUCUAUUCUGGAAGUACAAUUUUGAAAUUUCCUCCCUUGCAAACUAUUAUUGUUAAGGACUGUCAAAAGAUCUAUAUGAAGGAGCUCAGUAUUCAUCUUUCAUCCCUUUUAGCUGUUAAGGUUGUGUUACACAGCUUGGAAACAUCUUCUUACUUCCGGAAUUUAACAAUCUUGGUUAUUGAUGGCUUUGAUCAUUUGCAAUAUCUAUUCCCAUCUUCUAUGGUGAAAAGUCUUUUCAAACUAAGGGAGUUUGAGAUAUCUAAUUGUAUGUCAAUGGAAAGAGUAAUAGAUGAAGAUGAAGGGAGAACAGAAAUGAUGUUGUUUCCUAAACUGUACCAGUUGAAGCUUAGAGAUCUUCCGAAACUCACAACAUUCUGCAACUCCAGAGCAAAUUCUGUUGAAAUGUCUUCCUUAUACAGACUCUGGAUUGAUAAUUGUCCUGGUUAG